AUGUUAGCAUUAGUUCUAUUAUUCCAAGGUGUUGCAUAUGCAGUGAGAGAAUUUAAUUGUAUGCUACCUUGCUCACAGAAUUGGCAACCAGUUUGUGGUAACAACGGGGUGACGUAUGCAAAUGAAUGUGCUCUAAUAACAGCAUCAUGUUUAAACUUGGAAGCCAUUAUUAAAGUUUACAACGGAGAAUGCAAUACAACUACAAAAUGUGACUUUCCAUGCAUUCUUCUUUAUGCCCCUGUAUGUGGUAAUGACAAUGUAAAAUAUCCAAACAAUUGUGCGUUGAGAAAAGCAUCUUGUUUGCAAAAAAAAGCUAUUACAGAAGUUAGAAAAGCAACUCUGUUUGAUGAUGAUUGCACUUCUUGUCGUUUCGAAUGCACAAAAGAAUAUAAACCAGUUUGUGGAUCAGAUGGAAUAACAUACUCAAACGAAUGUGUCAUGAGAAGAUUCUCGUGCCAAAGUGGAAAAGCUAUAAUUGUUAUCAACAACGAACGUUGUAAAGAUGGUCAAUAG